GCAUGGAAGAUACUCACAAUGGUAGAGGACACCACAAGAAUAGUUUACACGAUAUAACCAUGGGACACCCCAACCAACCUGACCGCCCCUCUACCUUCUCUGCCGACAAGAAACCCAACAUGGCGUCCUCAAACUACCUCAAAAGUUUCAUGGUAGAAGAAUCCAGUGACGAAGAUUCACCACCCCCAACCAAACCCAAGAACAGUUUCUUCUACAAAGAUCAGACAACUGAAGACGACGUCUUCCCCCAGCACCCAGCUAAGCGGAAGCGCACCAGUUCCAACAGUUCUAACAGUGACUCAGAAACACGACCGCCGCUCCGCCAGUACUCAAGAAACAGCUCAGCUAGAUCCUCAAGAAAUAAUAGUGAAAAGUCUGCUAAAUCAGGGACUGUGUGUGGGACGUACGGGAGUGUGGCUGAAAGGUCAUGUUAUCGGCCCAAGUUUCCGACUGACGAUUCUGAUGAUAACAAGGACAAAACUAACUCAUCUCGUUCACCUGUGAACAGAUCUUCUACUGGAAACGGUACAUUCAGUACUGAUCGCUCCUGCUCAAACGGCACACCUCGCUUCAAAGCAACAUACCAGCGCAGCACUGAUCGUCCAUCUACGUACGGCGCAGAUCGUCCGUCUACGUACGGCACAGACAGAGUGACACCACAUCACCCUAAAUUCCCAUCAGACAGUUCGGAGGAAGGAGGAGAUGUUAAAUCACCCGCGCCAAGUUCACCGAAAGUAGAGAUAAAAUCCGAGGAAUCCGAUAAAGACGGUGCCUCAAACCCACAAACAGACGAACAAACGAACGUACAAUCCAGGGAACCCAGCCUGGAACCAGUACCUCGCGGCAGACUCGGUCGUACUGCAGCGGUGAAAGCUCAGGAUCUUAUCAAGAGUUUUGGGCCUAAACAGUAUCGCACGAAGGAACACAGGCUGGCGGACUCUGAAGAUGACUACUGCAGUGAUAGCAGUUAUGAUUGCGGAGUGCCGAAGUACAAAUUGGACCCUACCCUUCUGAAGACCCUGCCUCAGUCCCUUCAAAUCGGCUACAAAUUCUAUGCCCAGCUCAGAAAUGACCCCGUUUUCAAGCAAGAUCUAGUCCCAUUCCUUGACCCAGUUGAUAGUAGCCACGAAGGAACGAAAGAUUACUACAAGAAAAUCGAAAAACCGAUGUGCCUUACCAAAAUUGAAGAGAAAAUGUCAAAUUUGGACUAUUUUUCGACGCCAGAGAUAAUUGGAGAUAUUCGAUCGAUAUUCGAAAACUGCUACAGAUACAACGGGUUUGAAUCGUGGAUAAGCAAACACGCCUGCAAGGUGGAAAUGAGUUUGGAGCAACGAAUAACCCUUCUACCGUACUCCCUGCGAGCCAAGUGUGCAAUGUCAGAAACUAAUCCUCAUCUCACUUUGUACAGAGAUGUCUGUGGAAGAAGAACGAGGGUCCCCCGAGUGUUCACUGGGUGCAGUAAAUCUCCCAUCAUGCUCGCGAUGGAGGAAAUGACGUUGUACCGGUCAAAAGAAGCAGAGAUAAUAGAAGCACAACUAUCACACAGACGGGAAGCUCAGCUUCAGGAGAGGAUCGUGACCCUGGCUUCAUUGGCCACUAACUGCCCGGAUUAUAAGAGAAUUUGUAACUCCUGGGAGCUAAUAUCAUCCUGCCUGAUGAUCUGCGUGUGUCAAGAAGCCUUCAACUUACCCUUCACGGUCGGAGGACUGGAACUAGGACUACUCUACCCCAGACACAGUCAAUAUCUAGCUAAGCUCAUGAUCAAUCUUUCCUCUAGUGGCAAGAAGACUAAAGAGUUAGAGAAGCAAGGGAAGGUAAGCUACGAGGAAUGGAACAGAGAGAUAGCUCGCAGAGUACACUACUGGUACACUGUUUCCAACAAACACGGUCCCAGACAUGCUCAAACAAGGACUGGUGUCACUCCCGAGAUGCACGGUAUUUUCGGGACACACCAGUCCCCCCUGCGUACUCCUCGAGAAAACCCCAACACUUCCUCUGAAGUGAUCAAGGCAGUUGCGGAAGGGAAGUUGUUCCACGAGUUGAGUAUAGGAGAGAGGCUUACGCUGCUGAACACUCUCUGUGCAUCUAAAGUGACGAUGAGCACAGUAUUACAGAACUGCUUCCUCGAGUACGACGCAGAGAGUUUGCGACCCACAACCUUGGGUCGGGACGGUCUCGGUAAUCUCUACUUUCACUUCCCACUGUGGCCGGAGGAGGUGCGGGUCUACGUGGAGUUGAGUUCUGCUGCCAAUGAGGGUCCCGGCAAGGUGAUGUGUGUUGCCCGAAGUACAGACGAACUAGAGUCCAUCAUUGAACAGCUCCAAACAUCCGGAAAAGUAGACCGUCUAGAGGAACACUGCAAAAAGGGUGGUCGCAAAAGAGUGCUGGUGACCGCUGCUAAAUUCCUUGUCAUCCAACUGAGAUGUCUGCACGAAGAACAGAAACCUCACCAGUCUCACCAUCUACUUGUUGAAUCAACGAUCUACAAAGAGCUGGCACAAGCGAUGAGAGACGAGGAUAACCUGGAAGUUGUACAAGCACCCCCGACUCCGCCUCGUCCCCAAACACCUCCGCCUCGUCCCCAAACACCUCCGCCUCACAACAGUGAAUCCGAUAAACCAGCUGAGCUGGAUAAAGAUUGUGGUUCCGAGUCUGACACUGAAGUGGAAAUGUCAGAAGAAGGAGUGACCAGUGGGGUUGAGUCAGACAGGGCAGGACAUGUUCAUUCAUCUGAUUCUGAAAUUAAGCCAAAUUCUAACAGUGGACUAAAAGUCGAGCCUGACGGAGUUAUAAUGGCCAGCAAUACUCAAACAGAAACUAUGAUAAGUUCUACCUCCAAAACCUUCCCUGAAAAAUCUGAAGUCUCAGACUCAAAUCCUUCCGAUCAGACAGAAACACGCAAUGAAGCUGCUUCCGAUUGAUUACAUGAUAUCUGCCGUUUUCUGACAAAUGUGCUUAAAGACCAACUCUGGGUCCUUUAAUCCAAAUUUCUUUUUGGGUCAAGAUCUAUCCCUUAAAAACCAUCAGAACCAAUGGCCAGCCUUCUUCUGGGAACCACCUAGAAUGCCGAAAUUGUCCAAAAAUGUGACGAAAGUGUUGUAGAACCUGGAAUUAGGGAAUGGACUAAUGCAUUUUUGUUCAGAAAACGGCAGAUAUGUGAACAAUCAACAACCUCUUAAAGAAAUACGUCUUAUUUUCAGAAAUAGUAUGCUUUAUAGCACUAAAUUAUUCAGAUCAAUUUCUGCAUUCCGUCGUUAUUUAGAUGGUACUGCAAACCCUGUUAAUUUUAAGUUUAAGCACCGCAUGAAAAUAUUCCAUUAUUGGAAAAUUUAUGAUCGGGGUAAACUUGUAUAACCUGACUUGAUACACGUUUCAUUUCCCUUUUCGCGCGUGGAGCCGGCCAACGUGCACAAAAGGGAUAUGUGACGUGUAGCAAUAUCUGACCCAAGAUAAGCUUCUUUAC